UUAUCUUUGUUGCAGUAUGAUGAUGAUAAUUGGAGAACAUUUUGAUGUGCCUGCUGAAGGUUGCUUUUGUCCGGAUGGAAUGAUGCUAUCUGAAGAUAAGACCCAAUGUGUUCCUUCAUGCACAAGAUGUAAAGACAAUUCAGAAAAUUUAAGACAUGAAGGUGAACGCUGGUCCCAUCCCAAUAAUACGUGUAUUCACUUCAGCUGUACACAAGGUGUGGUAGUACAGAACAAAAUAACAUGUUCAUCUCACCCAAGCUGUGAUGAGGCUUCCAGAAUAUGGGAUGAAAAUCACUGCUGCUAUGAUUGUCCACAGCCAAUGCAACGAUGCAAAGUUCAACCCGUGCUGACGGAAUUAACCAAGGGUAGUUGUUCAGCAUUCGUUGAAGUUAAUUCAUGUGAAGGAUUUUGCAAGUCAUCUUCCAUAUUUGAUUCCAAAGUAAACCGCAUGGUGAAGAACUGCGACUGCUGUCAGGAAAAGGAAAUAGAAGAAAAGGAAGCAAAACUGAAUUGCAAGAAUGGAAGGACUAAAAAGUACAAGUACAAAUCUGCAAAGACAUGCAUGUGCAAACUUUGUGAAGACAAAUAAGACCUUUGCAUUAUCUGGUCAAUUUAACAGAAUUUUUGAAUGUAAUUAAAAUUUUAAAGGAAAUUAUAAAAAUCAAUGUUUCGUUUGCAAAUGUUACAUGGUAAAAUUAGGAAAAUGUUGAGUAUCUAUCUCAAGUUAUGAAAUUUGGAAUGUGGAUUCAAGAUCAUACCAUGAACUAUGUUGGAACUUUUGAUCUGUUAGUUAAUAAGUUAAAAUCAAUAAAGCAUUUUCAAAUAUGAAUCAGCUUUAUAGCAAAAUGCUAUGUGUUUCAUUUUAAAUUUGAAUACAUAACAAUCACAAUCAAUCACAAUCAUAAUAAUACUUUAUUAGCCAAGUAUGUUUUGCAACAUAUGUGGAAUUACAAUUGACUACUUUUACAGUUUAAUUCCUCUGCCUUAUGUUCCCAAGAUCAGUGCCAGUUUUCCUGCUUAAUGCAACUUUUGGGUGGACCAACCCAUCGGGUAUAUGACAUUAUUGAUUCUGUUGUCAUAUAUUGGGCAUCAAUGUCCAUUUAUAUCAUACAGAAACUGAAAGGAAUUAGUUUUCCUUAUUGGGAUUCCUCUGAGCAUUGCCAUGGAUACAAUAAAUGUACAGAUGUUUUAGCCCUAAUUAAAAGUCCACUACUAGCAACUUGAACGGCCAAUUACCAUUCCCUUUUGUAGAAAACUGCAGAUGCUGGUUUACAAUAAACAUUUUUUUCCCCCCAAUUCCUUUUUGCCUGUUCUAUGGUUUCCUUGGCUGACAUUGAAUCAUUUCUCAACUUU